AUGACCGCCCGGCGGCCGCGGCCCUCCGGCCGACUAGCCCCUGCGAGGUCCGGAUGUGCCUUUCCCCGCUGUCGCCAAUCCCAUCUGGAGAAGGAAGAGGCGGCGGCCGGCCGGAGCCCGAGCGGGCCCGGGUGUGGGUCGGGGCGAGAGAGAGCGCAGCGGGGCCAGGCUGGGCCAGUCAGCGCCGCGCCAUGUCCGCAGCGCGGGCGGAGGGAAGCGCAGGGCGCGCUGUGGCCGGGCGGCGGCGCCGCCUUCCUGGCCGGGCGGCUGCGGCCUCGGCGGCGCUGGGCUCCGGGAGCGGGGCUGGCGGCGGCGUGCAGGCCGAGGGCGGCGGCGGCUGGCGGCCCGACCGACGGGAAGGGCAGGGGAAGCUGUCAGCGCGUCGCCGGGCCGCUCCGGUGGCGAAACCUCCUCUUCCUGCCCCGGCUCGCUGGUGCACUUCUCUCUCUUUCUCUGUCGCUCACUCUCUCACUUCCUGGCUGGAAAUUCCCACUGACGUCGAGAGAGCAUACAGACAGACGGACACACGCGCGCACGCAGCGGGGGCGGGAGGUGGGGUCGCUGGCGGGGGUGGGGGAAGCCCGCAUUUAUGGGGGCGCCUUGCGCCCCCGGCCUGGCCUCGCUUCUGGGCUCGGCUCCCGCCCCUCGGGGCCGCUUCGGGGCGCCGGGCGAGGGGCGCGCGUUAGGCGGCCAGGACGCCCCUGUCCCCUGCAGGGCUCUGGCUUCCCAGCUGGGCGCUCCCGAACCCCGAGGGCUGGAGCCGGUAGGGACGCCCCCAGGAAGCGCCUGCCGGGCCCAAUAGUCCGGGAACGCAGGCGGCGCGGAGGCGGCGGCGGUGCAGCUGAUAAGAGUCAUGCGGUCCAGAGACCCUAAGGGCAGGCCCAAGCAGCUGGAGGGUCGGCAUGGAUCCAAGCAUGCCAGAUAUAAAAAUAAAGCUCAUCUGUAUAUUCCA